CAGGAAGACCCCACCAAAGCUCGUCUGAACCCUCCAGAAGGAGUGAAACAGGAAGACUGGGAGGCCCUCUGUGAGCACUUUGAGAGUGAUCGAUUCAAGGGGCGGAGCACAAAUAACAUACAAAACAAGGCUAAGCAGCAGUAUGCUCACACUACUGGGGCAAAAUCCCACGACCAGAGAGUGUAUGAAAUGGAGCAAAAGAAGCUGGCUGCACAAGCAGCUCAAACGGAGCAGGUAGAUGACCAGGAUGCUGAGGAUGAUGAUGCGGUGCCCGUUGACAUUGAG